UAUGGAAGAAAUAUUCUCCGACCUACUAGCUGAACCAAGCAACCAGUUUGAGGGAUUCGUUCGAAUGUCAGCAUCUGAUUUCGAGUUAAUUUUAAGCAAAGUUGGGCCUUUGAUAGAAAAACAAAAAACUAGAUUUCGUGUACCCAUACCUGCCAAAACUCGACUAGCAGUUACUUUACGAUAUCUAGCUACAGGAGAUAGCUAUAGAAGCUUACAUUAUUUGUUCAAGAUGUCUUACCAAGUUAUUUCCAAUAUUGUAAGGGAAUGUUGCACUGCUCUCAUAUCUGUAUUGAAAGAUAUGAUCAAGUUACCUGAGAAUGAAAACGAAUGGCCACAAAAGGAAUCUGAUUUUAGGGAUACAUUUCCUCAUUGCUUGGGAGCAAUCGAUGGUAAACAUGUUGUCUUGGUGUCACCGAUUCACAGUGGGUCUGACUAUUUUAAUUAUAAGCAUUCGUUUAGUAUUGUGUUGAUGGCCUUAGUGGAUCGUAAUUUUUGUUUCAUGUUCUGCGAUAUAGGCAGUAAGGGUAGAAUCAGUGAUGGUGGUAUAUUCAGAGAUUGUGUUUUAUUCGAAAAGCUUCAGAAAAAUUCCUUAAACAUUCCGCAACCUGAACCACUUUCUGAUGGCGAUGUAAAUAUGCCUUACGUUUUUGUUGCUGACAAUGCAUUUCCAUUACACCCAAACAUAAUAAAACCUUUUCCCGGAGACCACCCUCAAGGAAGUAUGCAACGAAAUUUCAAUCGUAAACUUUCUUCUGUUCGUAUUGUUGUGGAAAACGCAUUUGGUGUUAUGUCUGCACGAUUUCGAGUACUUAGAAAACCUAUAGCUCUACAACCAAGCGAAGCUUACAUAACUUUUUAA